UUCCAUAAAAAUAUUAAGCCGUAGUGUCAAAGUAUUACAUGUCCUGUCAAAAGCUUAUAUUCUUUAAAAUGUUUUUACAAGAACUACAUUAUAAAUCAAGACACUUAAAUCUCUUCGUCCGCGUUACUUACGACUGUCGUAAAAUUAGUUCCUGGAAUACGGCAAAAUGAAACACAUUGGAUUUGGACAGUAAUUGCCCCAUGCGAAAUGUGUUGGAUUUUACAAAUCGGAGAUCGACGAGCGUGUUCUUGCACAAUGACAGAUGGAGCAAAAUAAGAUUUCGACGUCAUGAUUUAUGAGAAGUUGGCUUAAUUCGGUAUUAGGCAUGUUCUUAAGAGUUUGCAAAAAUAACUUGGUAAGUUGUGCGAAAGGGCACGUACCACGGGUUAGUUUCAUUACAGCAACAAGAUCCCAACAUGUCUGGGGUUGUAAAGGAUCGUCUUUACUGUCGUGCUGUAAAAUACAAUCGACGCAUGCUACAACGGAGACAAAAUCGCUCCGAAGAUUGAAAACUAAGUUUUGUUGUCCUGGAUAUCGGCCCAGAUGUAUGCAAAUCCUCAACGACCUCACUUCAACUCUUGUAACAGGACAUGAUGCAUUUGUUAGGGACAAUUACGAGAGAGUUGUAGAGCCAGAUCUUCCAGCAAGUCUAGGAUAUUUUAAAACAGCUGUGACAAGGAAAUACUUUGAAAUGCAUAAACCAAAGCUCCAUAGCUGCAUUUACAGUUUUGAGAUACAAGCCUUGGCCCGUAUUUUAAGUGACGGGAUUAAUGCAGGAACAUUCUCCGGAUCAAAAGGAUACUGUACAACACCCAGAAAGCCAGAGGGACACAAAUAUUUGAAUAAAGAUGCAAGGGACACUGAAACGGCCCAACGUGCCUCUCCUUUUCCUCUAUCAAACGGGGGACAAUUUAAAGAGCUGUAUGAAAAUCCAUGGACGAUUCCCAAUAUCCUCUGCUUGGCUAGGAUUUUGCUGUCCCCUGUUCUGGGUUACUUGAUCAUGGAGGACUACUUCCAUGCAUCUCUUGGACUCUUUGUUUUGGCAGGAGCAACUGACUUACUGGAUGGCUACAUUGCUCGAAACUGGCCUAAUCAGAAGUCCGUUUUGGGAAGUGCUCUGGAUCCACUGGCUGAUAAGAUCCUUAUUAGUGUGUUGUACAUCAGUCUGACAUAUGCACAGCUCAUCCCAGUUCCACUCACUGCACUAGUGUUAUCCAGGGAUGUGGCCUUAAUUGCUGCAGUUUUUUAUGUCCGGUACAAAACAGUUCCUCCUCCAGUAACUCUGAGCAAGUUUUUCAACCCCUGCUACACUACUGCCCAGCUUAAGCCUACACUUAUAAGCAAGUUCAACACUGCUAUGCAGCUCUUUCUGGUGGCUGCAUCACUUGCUUCCCCAAUUUUCCACUACACUGACAGUGUUCUUUUGCAUUUGCUGUGGUAUGUCACUGCACUUACAACUGCAGCAUCUGGUUACAGCUACUAUCAUUAUGGCAGGAAAACUGUUGAAGUCUUGAACAACACAAAGUAAUUGUAUUGCCAGUGAUGUAACCAGACCUUGAUUCAUGGUGAAUAUGGCUAGAUAUUGUUUGAUUAACAAGUUUGUGUACAUACUGGAGACAUAUGAUGUAUUGUUUUCCUUGUAACUGUAAUUUUAAUACUUCAAAUUAUUUUGAUAUUUUGUUGUACAACAACUGUCUAAAAUAGUUUUCUGUAUAAAAAUUGACCUCAAACCCA